ACCUUCACCGCCCCCCCAUCACCUCCUCUCUAUAUGCUCUGCGCUCUGACACAAAAACAAAGCGUCUGUGGCUGCUGCGAGGUCUAACCCUGAGCCGGCAGACCGUCUAUGGAGGGACGAUGGGGCUGUGGACGCUGCUUCUCCUGCAUUUCCACCUGGCAGUUUGCGUUUGCCUCCCGGCGCCGUCCAACGUUUCCAUCUCCUCCUACAACAUGGAGCACAUCCUCAGGUUCUCGCCGGGCCCUGGGACGCCGCCGGACGCCCUCUUCACGGUUCAGAUCUCCAACUCCAGGAGGCAGCGGUGGAAAACCGUGGCCGGCUGCCAGGAGCUGACGGCCGGACAGACGUGCAAUCUAACCGAGAAGCUAAAAGACGUGUGGGACCUGUACACGGCCCAGGUCCGAGCCUCCAGAACCAACCAGACCUCCCAGUGGACCAGAACCAGGGAGUUCCAGCCUCUGACAGACACCGUGCUGGGACCUCCUGACUUUUCUGUCUCUGGAUGCGGGAACUGUUUGAUCCUGCAGAUCCGAGAUUCCUCGUGGAGCCGCUUUGAUCACAACGUGCAGCUGAAGAAUCUCUACUGGGAAGUCGAGUUCAAUGUGAAGAGAACGAGAGACGGUGCCGAGUUCAGACUGAAGCUGCCCUACGAGCAGAAGAGCGUGAUCUCCCACCUGCAGCCCGGCGUCGAGUACUGCGUCUCCGCCUCCUUCACGUCCAUCCUCAACCACAACGCCGUCUCCAGCGAACGCCGCUGCGCCUUCACCAGUCCUCCUCCGCCCCGACACACCUUGUUGCUGGUCCUCGGCCUCGUCGGGGGGUUCUCUCUUGUGCUGGUCCUGGUCGUGUGUCGGGUCAUCUUCAGAAAUAAGGUGAGCUUGGAAUUACUGAGACGACGCCUGAGCAGGUUCAAAAGCACCAAAUUCCCUGCAUGAAGUUCACGUCGCAGCCCUACAGCUGCCUGAUGACGUCUCUAAACGAGGAGGACUGACUUCUGAGCUUUAGGAGCCGGCAGAACCAGAACCAGAACCUGGGCUCCUUUUCUGUCGUCUUCUGGACGGACUCAUUUUAAUUAAAUGUAUGCUUUAAUAUUUGAGUUGAACUCAGGAUCUAUAACCUCCUCACCCGCCUCAGGGGAUCUUAAACAGUCAGUGUAAAAUAAUGAUUUAUUUUGGUUCUUUGUGAAAAUGUGUUGUUGUUGUUUUUUUCCACUUAUUGAAGUUAUUCGCUAUCAUUGUGAUUUUUAAACAACGAAUAACAUAAUUAGCUCUUCUCUGUGAUGUGACAUCUUGGUUUGGUUGGUUUGAAUGUGUGCAGCAUCUGGAAUCAAAAUGUUUUUUUGUUUGCAACAGACAUCUGAAUUUAAUUUAUUGUUUUUAAGUCAGACAGCCUCUGUUUGAGCGUUCUGAGACUUUCUGCAGGGAUCAGCAUCUGUAAAUGAAUCGUUUUUGCAGCCGACUAACAGGAAGCUGCUGCAGAGGGAAGAAAUAACUAAACUGGAUGAAUAAUCCGACUAUAUUUCCACUCAGGUACACAGUCUGAGCAGAUUCUGAUGAAACUGAGAUCUGACCAGAUAGAAACGGGUCUUUAAAACUGAGAAAAUGUGUUUUAUUUGCUCUCAGCAGCGACUCCUCAGGCCGGUCUGUCCGGGAAUGAAUUUCUGAGCCUUUUCUUUGUCUAUAAAUAUAAGAAUGUGCAACAUAAAUUGUCUAUUUUUCUAUUCAGCAUUAAAUAUAUGUAUUGUA